UGACGUAUCAUCGGUUGUUGCCAGUAGCAACCGCUUGUUGUCUUUUGACUCGUAAGGAUUUUUCUGAUACUUUCCGGUUGUUUAGCUACUUAAAACAAGACAAAGCAUGUCUGUCGUGGACUACAGCCUCCAGCAGCUCGGAGGACCUGAUCUUGUGAACAUGGAGGGCACGCUGAACCACUCUGAGCUCUUCAGAGCAGAGUGCAAGAGGCUGAUUCAGGAAUCUGACAAGGCUUGCAAACGUAUGCAGGACGAGGACAGUAAGCAACUUGAUCAGCGAGUCAGAGAUAUCCAGUUUCUGAAGAAGGAGUUGGAACUGAAGCUAGAAGAGAUCAUUCUGGAGACGGAUGUUCUUGUUGCUUUACAAAUCAGAGUGAAGAAAGCCCUGGAGAUGUGCCAAGAGCCUCUGAGGGUCACCGUUCUCUGUCUGGAUGAAAGAAAGAAGCGUGUUCCCUCUGAGAGGCUGCAGGACGACGUGAACAUGGGGCUGCUCAAAGAGAGGGACGUCAUGGAGGGAGUGGUGCCUCUUCUGGAGCAGGUGGCAGAGCAGAUCACUGAACAGAUCCGACUCAAUCGAUCUGCUAAGUAUCAUUUAGAAAAGGAUCUGAAGGAGAAGUUUGUGGCUCAGAACAUUGACAACUCCUGCGCUUUAAUGACUGUUCAUUCAAUCAGCAACCAGCAGAUGUCCAAAUACAACAGCACUGCACUGCCGAGCAUCACAGUCACUCCCAAGCAGUGGGAGAACAUGUCAGACUUCAACAUUACCAAGGCGGAGCAGCAGAAGAACAACUCUGUGUCCCUGAGGACCUUGGUAGAGUCCGUGCUGCAGCAGACGGCCGCUGACAUGCAGAAGCAGUUUCAGGCUACGACAGCAGCCAUUCAGCUGAACAUUGAGCAGAUCAAGUUUGCUAAAGAUCAGAUGGACGAGAAACUGGCCAAGAUUUUGACUGAGAUUAACAGCCAGCAGACGAUCAGCGAGGAUCUCCAAGCAGCCAUCACAGAGCAUGAACAUUUCCUGAGUCUGGCCCAGACCCGAAUGGCUCUGCGCAAACAGAGGCCCGGUAAAGAGCAGUGCCACGAUCCUGCACAGGUCCAGCUCCUCGCAGAGAUCCAGCAGCUCACUGCUCAUAUCAGCAAGUAA